AGCACCUUCGCGCGCCGUUAAAGUAGCGGUAGUAACAGUCUGAGAAUUUUUCUCCUAAGGAGACCUGAGUCACCAUGGAAGAGGCAGAACUGUUAAAGGAGAGACUUCAAGCCAUUACAAAUAAACGGAAAAUCCAGGAGGACAUUGCCUCGAAACGGCUGGAGGUCGACAAGGAAAAACUGAAACUUCAGCAACUGAAGAAAAAAUCUGCAAGAGAUCUAUGGCUUAUGGGGGGAACGAGUGUCGGAGCUGCCCAGAAGGAGCAGAAAGCUCAGGAUGUUACCCAGCAGACCAAAGCACUACAGAGCAACAUUCAUCAGAUAGAGAAAGAAAUUGAGACUCUGGAAAGGGAAGAGCUCAACAUCUCCAUAAAUGAAGGCCUCAUCUUGAACAGGCUGAAAGCCAUUGAGAAGUCCACAGAGGACAUUAUUAAGGCAGCAAAUGAAAAUUUCAAGUCAGAACCUCUCCAGGAUUAUUCAGGAAUUCCAGAUACCCGAAAAUCUUAUACACCUUUAAACAUGAGGAAACAGCCAUCUGUGGAUCAAGGAACCAAAAAUGACCAACAGAAACCUGCUUUGUUUGCAAUGGAAAUCAAUGUACAGAAGGACCUGCGCACCGGCGAGAGCCGCGUCCUCUCCACCUGCACAGUUCCGGCACAGGAAUUACAGCAGCGUGGCAUCAAGGUGUACGAUGAUGGCCGUAAGUCUGUGUAUGCGUUGCACAGUACCUUGGAACAGCCCGAAGCCAAUGGAGUGGAUGAGCUCAGCCCUAAGGAGGUGGAGGAGCUCCUUAGACAGGCCACAGUGAAAAGGAAGAAGCCUCAAGAACAAAAUCAGCCACAAUAUAACAAGAAUUGCCAGAACAACCACUGCUCAGAAAUUUAUAAUAUGGAUAUGAGUAAAUGGCCAGAGCUAGAGUACAGUCAGAGUAGUGUACAUUAUCCCUACCAGGAAAUUCAUGAACCUGCUCACAUGUUCCACAAUUACAGUGACCAAAAUGAAUAUUAUCACAACAGCAAUGGCAACAGCUAUGAGAUAUAUGAAGAGGAAACAAGAACCGAGCCAAAGCAGUUUUAUGCCCCUCAAGAGGCACACAGAGGAACUCAGCAUGUUGUGAAUCAUAUACCUCCUUUGUCCUACAGAGAGGACCCUAAACUCAGCGUCCUAAACACAUUGCCUUCAGACGAACCUGUCACUAUGAUCUUCAUGGGAUAUCAGAAAGCAGAGGAAGAUGCACAAAGCUACGAAGGCUCCGUUCAGGCGGAGCUCGUCAUCAUCGAAGAUGCUGAGGAAGAAGCUUCAACCAGUGCCACUGUUUCCCAAAAAACACCUGACCAUUCUCUCCAGGACCGCAAUAAUGCCAACAAAGCAUCCGCACACCUGACCUAUGAGACCAGAUCAUCUCCAGCUUCCCUGAACAGCCAAACGGUGUAGCAAGUGGCAGAUGAUGGAACUCGGCUCAAAGGCUCCAUGGAGGAAAUUGAAGAUUGCUGACUACAAAAUCAAAAAAGACUCACUCACAAGAACCUUAGGUAUCUAAGAAGGAAUGAAAGGAGAAGAAUUUGCAUAUGGAUAUGAUUCUUGCUUCGUCUGAGAGGUCAUAGAUUCAAACCUCAGUCCUUCUUUUCCUAUGAGCAAAGACACAAUGCUAAUGUAUUCUAGUCAGCGGCAUGUCAUCAGCAAAUUACAACUGAAAAGGUAUAAGGGAUAUAAAAAGCCCUAAAGAGUUAAGUUCAUAGAAUUGCAUAAUUGCUUCAAACUGCAUGUUAACCAGAGUCUUAUUGAAAGUUAUCUAACCUACAGCAGACAUUAUCAGAAUGUCACAUACUCAAUAUGUCCUUAGGCGCUUACACUGUGUACCCAAAAUAAUGUUGCUGCAAUGCUCUGAUGCUCUCAUUUCAACAAUCUAAUAAUAAUCUUGUUUGCUCCUCACAGUGUUCCUGGCUAUUACUUACACAACAUUCCCAGAUAUAAAAAAGCUAACAUUAUUUGUGUUAAAUGUUCUUGCAUUGCAGCAGCAGUAAAGAACCGUCAUUUUUUUUUAUAGGAAAUCUAAAAUAUUGUGCAGCCACGAUCCUUACAGAGCAGAAAGCCGACAUUUACAGUAACUGCUGUGACCUAGCUAGUGUUUGGGAUUUGGUUUAAUGGGUAGAGUUGUUCCCUCACAGCUCUAGGGUAUCAGGGUCGAUCUUGUAUUUGGGUGACUGUCUGUGUGGCGCUUCAUUUGUUCAUCCCCUGUGUGAAUGUUUGUGUGUAUUGUGCUUUGUAAUGACUUUGCAUCCCAGCCAGGGUGUAUUCCUGUCUCACAUCCAGUGAUUCUGCGAUAAGCUCUGAAUCUACUACCACCCUGACCAUAAUAUAUAGUUUUAUAUAGUUUCUGAAGAUGAAUAAAUGACAUAAAAAAUUUAAAGAAUUAAGAAAAGAAAAUUUAAUGUUAUAUGAAAUUGUGUAACCAUGCACCUCUAAAACAGUCCAUUUCCAAUCUUCAUAAUAAUGUAUUUACCAUUUAUAAAAUAUCAUGAAUGUAUAAUCCUUGGAUAAAUGGGUAAAAUACCAUAUAUAAAACAUAAAUCUUAGCUUAAAUAUUUCAGCAUUCAUGAUCGUAUAUUCUAAGUAUUGUUUCAUGUUUUUGCCUGUCAUCUAUUUUUCAUAACUAGCAUUUGUUUUCUACUACUGAGCAGAAUUAACACUAAUGUAUGUACUCCUUCGUCCAUAAUGUCCGCUUACUAAAGCUAAUAAACGAAGUUCAUAUCGAAAAAGCUUUGAUGCUCCUGCAAGAAAGAGCCGGAUGAUCUGGAUGGAUGAUCUGUUAUAUAGCAAGAGACUUGUACUGUCAUUUAUUUUAAUUCAGUCAGUUUAUCUGAUCUUACAGAUGAAACGGAGCCUCGGCAGCACAAGUGGGAGUAGAAAUGGAGGAAAUCCGAACGGUUCAGUUAUUUUUUUCUUACUCUUAGCACGAAUGUGAAAUACAAAUGUAGUUUAAUGCACUGACAUUUCAGGUUCAUUAGAAUUACUGAGCAGAAAUUUCGUUUUCAUGUUUGUAGUCGAAUAUUAAAACGGAUCACCAAGGUAAGAAAGCAAACAGCAGAAUGUCAUCUGGGAAGCUGAAGGGGAUCUGGUCUGGUGUGUGAGUGGAUUUGGUGUGUCAUUUAUGUUUGUAGCAGCUGUUUAUGUCACCUGUGUUCCAGCAGCUGAUUUGAGACGAGUGCUGUUAGACUCCAUGUUAUAACCCAGAAAUGAUAUUUCACUUCUAAUAUCAACAGUAUUCUUUUUGCAUUGCCCAUAAAAGUAAGACAGAUUCAAAUAUAACAUAUUACACAGAAAUAA